AUGGCUACGCAAAAUUCUUCCGUCGUCAGUACUAAUGGUGAGGAUCUCUGGAUCAAAGCCUUUGACUCUCUCGAUCCCGACCUGAGAUCGUCACUCGGCCAGACUACGACGGAUAAAUGCGACAUCCUAGCAGCUGUUCUCGACGCUGCUAAGAAUCUGAAGACCAUCAGUUUGCGCAAACGAUGGAUCUUUAAGCGAUCCAACGGGCAGGAGGUGGUCAUCCGAGAUGUUUUGGAAAAGAUCACCAAAUGGGUUGAUCGCUUCAAAGCUGUCGGUGACGCAGCCGUUCAAUUCGAUCCGGACAGAGCAGCAAUACCUUGGGCAGCCGUAAGAUUUCUUCUCCAAGCUCUAGUCAAUGACUUCGAAAGAUAUGCCGCUAUGGUACAGGCCAUCGAGGUUGUUUCUCGAAUUAUUACACGCUACAAGGAAUUUGAGAAUUUAUAUCUUGGCCGGCAACAACCUACCCAGCCUGCACUCGAGGGGGCACUCACUGUUCUCUAUUCAGAGGUUCUAGUCUUUCUGGCAAGAACCAUCACUUUCUUUUCUAAAUCCACCACAGGCAUUGCCGUAUGGACUGGAGAUGAUAGUGUCCAGAUCAUCCUAUCUCGAGAAGACGAAGUACUGAAGUUAGCCAAACUCCAGGAUACAUCAGACCUACGUUUUAUCGAGACUACAGUCCUGCGGAUGAAAGAUCAAAUCAACCAUAAUACCAAGCGUAUUGAAGAAGAGGAUUCUAUACAGAUGAUAUCAUGGCUUUCCAACGCGCCAAUUUCGAUCCACCACGAUACAAUAUCCCAGUCAAGAACACCGGACUUUGGACAGUGGCUCCUGCGCGAUGUGGAAUACAGGGACUGGUGUCAGUCAAGCUCUUCCUCUGCGCUCUGGAUCCAUGGAAUCACAGGCUCGGGCAAGACUCAUCUUUUUUCGGUUGUAGUUGACUCACUAUUGGCGGACAGAAGUGCGAACAAGGCCCUGUCGCCUUUUGCGUACUUUUACUGCCUUAACAAUGACUCUGAGCCAGAAAGGUCUUCUGUUGAUGGAAUACUUCGCAGUAUUCUCCGGCAAUUGACAAUCACGGAAAGCCAAAACGACGUUCGCGACUUCUUGUACUCCGACUUCCAACGUCGCUCCAGGUUGGCCGACAAACGAGGACUGGAACUCCCAAAGCUUAACAGAAAGGAAUGUGUGGCUCGCAUCCUUCAAGUAGCUGACGAGGACCCUAUUACUAUUCUACUCGAUAGUGUCGAUCAGGUUGAAGAGGAAUAUUGCACUAUCCUCUUGGACUCAUUGUUUGCAAUCAUGUCAAAGGCUGCGAAUGUCGUCAAAGUGCUAGUGACGAGCAGAAACAGUCUUGACAUCCUCCCAUUUAUACCCGUAUUGAAAGAGAUAACCGUGUCAGCCGAACGGACUCGCGAUGAUAUGUCACGGUUCAUUGCAUACAAGAUCGAUGAGGCCAAGUUGAUCAGCGGAAGACUCUCCUCCAAGACGAGGGACCAUUUGCAAAAAGCUUUGUUGGAUGGUGCAGGUGAAAUGUUUCUAUGGGCCCAUCGACAAAUUCAGCAACUUCGAAAGAUCAGAAUCGAAGAUGAUCUGCUGCCAGCUUUGCAGUCUAGUAUUCUUUCAGAUCUCGACCAAUUGUACGACAUUGAUCUCCAGCAAAUUUUACGUUCAGGGGAUACGUCGCGCCGACUCGCCAUCCAGAUCUUUUCCUGGCUGCUUUAUAUGAAAGCUCCACUGACACCGGACGCGUUGCUGGCCGCUAUCCUUGCGUCGAGUAUCAAGAUAUCAUCUUGUACAGUGGCUGAUAUUUCCGCUCUAUGUUCCAACUUGGUUGUCGUGGACACUAAGAGUCAAGUUGUUCGAAUCGCCCAUCAAUCGAUCCGAGAUUACCUUCUGCGUACUCGCCAGUCUCUCUUUUCUGCACCUGUAUCGAACACCCUGCUAGCCUCCACUUGUAUCAAUGCCAACGCUCUUGGAUCACCUGGUGGAGUAGACCUCAAAAUGUACAUGAGGCACUUCUACGUCUAUGCAGCCAUGUAUUGGGCAAGCCAUUUUCAAGGUUCUGGAGUGGUCGACGCAAAACAGGAGCUAUUCCAAGAGAUGUCGUUAUUUAUAUUCGGCGACGAGGGUCAUGAUGUCAGCCUUUCCUUCGAAGCUUGGCUCGAUAUCUGUAAAAACAUUGCCUCUGUCCUCCCAAUAGACCACGCCAUGAAGGCAGUUUUAGAUGCUAUACCUAAUGAGAGAUCGUCUCCUCUCUUUUUGGCCGCUAUCUUUGGGUUCGAUGGGCUAUUAUCGCUUCUUGCCGAACCAGAGAUGGAAACAGAUUGGAACCAGCGCAACAAUCUUGGUCACUCUGCAGUAUACCUGGCAGCUUCCUCAGGACAUAUUUCCACAGUGACAGCCUUGAUCAGACAAGGCGCGGCAUUGAAUGUGGAAUGUGGUGGAUAUGGUAGCCCUCUCUACGUUUCAUGCUUUAGAGGCUAUCAUGAGAUCGUAAUCCAGCUUCUUGAAUCUGGAGCUUCUCCAAAGUGCGGGACAAAGUUCAAAAGUGCGAUCCAUGCUGCUAUUUAUGGAGGUAAUGAAGAUAUCGUGGUCACUCUAGUACAGCACAGUCGAACUAUUACCUCUGAGCAAGAUUAUCAGGAAGUGGUGCUGAUGGCGACAGAGUAUGGUUUGAUCAAGGUCAUCAAUGAACUGAAGAAGCCAAAUUUCAAAUCAUUCAUCGUCAAGGAAACCCCAGAUCAACAUAUGAUGAAACUGGCGAGGACGAUCAGAGGGGGUCAGUUGGGAGUACUGAAGAGUCAACUGUCUAGGGAGGGGCCUAAGGCUUCGGAGGUAUUCCCUGUGGAUGCAGUUGCAAUCGCCUCCCUUUAUGGACAUCGGGAUGUUGUUGAGUUCUUACUUGAGCAAGGUCUGGAUAUUGAAGCUGAGGGCCAAUUUGGCACGCCGUUACGAUCGGCGAGCUUGAUGAAUCACAGAGCCACUGUUGAACUACUUGUUCAAUCUGGUGCGAACAUUAGGACAAAUGAAAAGAAAGGCAAUCCCUUGUAUGUCGCUGCGAUAAAGGGCUAUGCAGAUAUCGUCAGGAUCUUGCUUCACGAAGGUGUAGAUCCCACACGAAAUACUCCGACGGGGUCUUUUGGCAGUGUCUUGGAAGCUGCAGCCUAUUUUGGGCACAGGAAUAUUGUCGAAACGUUGCUCGAUCAUAGGAUGUCUGUUCCUCGGGUGUUGGAACUUAAGAAUGCGUUCCAUGCCGCUGCAGAAGGAGGCCGCCAUGAGGUCAUCAUGCUAUUCCUCGAUAGAGGCUAUAAAUUUAAUCUACCGGCAAUUUCGAGGGGUGGCGCACGUGGGUUACGAAACCGUUGUUGGGGAGUUGAUGAUUCUGGAUACUCGAGAGAUGUCAAUAGAGGACGGAAAACUGAAGUCAUUAAAGAUUUGGAGGAAAUGCAUAUCAACGAGGAUGCCACAGUGGUUGAGACUGGCGAUUAUCUAGAGGAUUUCUUUGAAGGCCUCUAUGAUCAGAGAAGAGCAUGCCCUCCUCCAAGACGUGUCAAUUGGCACAGAUCUGUCUCUAGACACUAUGCACUUGAGAUCAGUGCUGCUUGUGGGAGAGAAACGGUCAUCAAGGUACUGUUGGCGCAGAAAAAUACCGCCAGGGUUACGGAAGAUAAUGUCCACGUAGCCCUUGACGAGGCGGUAUACAAUGGUCAUUUGGGUGCCUUUCAACUCCUCCUUGAGGACAUAUCUACCAAGAGCUCUUUCUUGAGAUACUUUGACAACCAUUUUAGGAAAGCAGCACAAGCCCGGCAAGAGAACGUCAUUGAGUGUGCUCUCACGAGAGCCUUGGAAAUUGGCUACACAAAGGAAGAGAUUGAUGAACUGAGACUACGACUACCACGAGGGAGGGAAAAGUACAAAGCAGUCUCUAUUACUCACGACCUUCUCAGGUCAGAUUUUCUGGCAUCCUGUCAAUCAGGGAGUGUGUCAGAGCUUGAAGACAUCUUACAAUGCAAACAUGAGCAUCUGUUGCAAGAGACAGAUCUGUUGGAGGGAGUACAAAUUGCUGUAAAGAACGGAGGUGCACCGUUUUUGAAAGCGUUAUUCAAGUACCGCUCAGAACUGGAGGAGCUCGCGAUUCCCAGUCAGGCAUUGGUAUCUGCGGCUGGAAAGGAUCUGGAGACAUCAAAGCUGCUGUUCCUUCGUAGAGAGAAUUUCCCGUACUCUCUCCAUCUACUGGGUCAAAUGAUGCAUUCGGCUUGCAGGAACGGGCAACCUGAAGUCAUCGAGUACCUAGUGUCGGAUUUCGGUGUCGACGUCAACACCAACAUUCUGGAAGAUAUUACGGACCGUGUCGAAGAUUUGGAAAGUAUUAUGGAUGUUUCAGGCCGGGAUAACGACAGCUCAGAAACAUCCCAGGGGGUUCGAUUUAUUAGCCCUCUACAAGUCGCCCUAGCUUGCUUUCAAUCCUUUGGGAAGACGUCUAGGAAGACGUCUAAUCCAGAGGUCUUUGAAAAUGAAUGCUUUUCCGGGCAUGAGAAGGUUGUUCAAACACUUCUCAAUCUUGGGGCCAAUCCAAAUUCUCUCGGUGGAAAGGCCGACUACCCACUUAAAUACGCGCUGAGAUUCUGCUCGGCCACGGUGGUAAAAAUACUCAUCGGAGCAGUGGCAGAUAUCAGGCUUGCAUCUAAGGAUGAUUCAGCUCUGGUGAUAGCAAUUCAGAGAGAAAGGGACGCAAUGUCAGUUACAUCCAGCGUCCUGGACGCUGGCUAUCCUCUACCUGAUUAUUGUGAGCAGGGAAAGACGUUCAUUGAGACACUUCUUAACUCUUUGAUGACCUAUUACACGUGGUCGUUCUAUCCAGACAAGGAGUAUCAUCAUUAUAGACACUUCCACACUCUGACUGUGGAGAGAAUCUUUGACCAAGGGCCUGGAGCUGUCCUCGAGCUUCUUCUACAGAAGUACGAUACUGGCAAGUUAGAUGAUAUAAGGUACAUUCGGACUCUUCAAAUGGCCUGCUAUGUCGGUAAAGCAUCAUUUGUUGACUUGCUACUGGCUCGAGGUGUUGAUGUAAAUGCGACAGCAUACAUUAUCGGCAGUGCUGUAGAGGCGGCGGCCCUGGCCGGACAUACAAGCAUUGUAGGACGCUUACUUCAGGCAGGAGCGGAUAUAAAUAACAUUCACGGCAAAUGGGAAACGCCCCUUCGAGCAGCCACCUUUGGUGGCUAUUGCGAUGUCGUGCAAAUCCUGCUUCAACAUGGCGCGAUUCUCAGAGAGCAACUAUCUACGCGUUCACGAGAUCCAGCAUCACCAAGCCUUCUCCAACUUGCUGUAAAGAAAGGCUAUACAGAUAUUGUAAAAACAUUUCUUGCAGCGGAUUCAACUAUUACUAGUCAUGGAGAUUGCUUGCAACCUCCCCUUAUUAUGGCCUGCAAGAAGGGAGAUAUUACAAUGGUCGAACUAUUUCUACAGGCUGGCGCUCAUGUAAAUAUACAUGGUCGCAAAGACGGUAGACCAUACAUCUGGACCAGUAAUGGAAGUCCACUACAUGCUGCUAUUUUGGGUGGAUACAUUGGUCUUGUGGAGAAACUGCUCUCAGGAGGAGCCGAUGUCAACUUUUAUGUCGACGAAUGCAUCUUUAAAACACCACUUCUAGCAGCGUUCUACCAAGGAGAUCCUAAGAUAGUACGCUUACUUCUUGCUAACGGUGCUAAUGUCCCCAGAUCCGUAAGCAUUAUGAUGGAUCUCGGGUCAAGACCUGGAUGCCGAAUCAAUGAAGAGUCUAUCGCAGUUCUUGCUACAGAGGAUGAGCGUAGCCUUCAAGAAGCCUGCCUGAGGAAGUUGCAAUGGCUUCGAGGCCUUACAGAAGAUAUGUUCCAUUCAAUUCUAAAAGCAUAG